AUGAAAGGAUAUAAAGCAUGGGGCAAGAACAAUUACGAUUUGAUCAAUCAAAACGCGGGUCAUUCAAAAAAACACCCAACAAUUAUCGCGGGUUUCUCUAUUUGUAAAACGCUAUUUUCAGACAUAUUUUCAUGCUAA